UCGAUGGUUUUGAGGCCGCCGAACCCCACAGUGGGUGAUGGUCGACCUUUUAUUCUUGAGGGCCUCGGCAAGGAGCAACUUCCGCGGGUGUUCAUCAGUGUCGACAUGAGGAUUAUCCGACCGAGCGAUGAGGAGGUCGGCUCUGACGAGCUCACAAG